AUGAUCCAUCCGGGCGGCACUUUUCGCAUGGUUUGGAACAUCUUGGUGGCACUCUGCUUGGUGCAUGACUUGGUUGUGAUCCCUCUCUAUGUCUUCGACAUCCCAGACUCUGCAGUCUUGAUCACCUUGGAGUGGUGCACCCAGCUCUUCUGGAAUUUUGAUAUUCUCCUCUCCAUGCAUACAGGAUACUACUACAAAGGUCUCCUCAUCAUGAGUGCGCGGAAAGUGUUCCGCAACUAUGUACGCACGUGGAUGGCCUUAGAUGUGACGUUGGUGUCGCUGGAUUGGAUCUUCGUCAUCUUGGAAGUCUCCGGCAUUCAGAUCACCUCAGCCGCUUGGCUGGUGCGCAUCUUGCGCUGGGUGAAGCUCCGUCGUAUGGCCGAAAUGUUUCAAGAGCUGAUUCAGUCACAAUCUGCCGGCAUGUAUUGGAGCUUGGUCUUCGGCAUAGCGCGCUUACUCAUCCUCAACCAUUUGGUCGCGUGUGCCUGGUUUGGACUCAGCCGGAUUCAGGGAGAGGUGAAUUGGGUCGAAGCUCAUGGCUUGACAGACAAGAGCUCCUUGCACAAGUAUUGGACCUGCUUGAAUUGGGCCUUUGCUCAGUUGGGCGUUGGCUUGUCAGACAUCACCCCCAGGACGACCACCGAGACCUUCUUCUCGGUGUUGAUCGCCUUCAGGUCUCUGAUCACGUGCACGACGUUGAUCAGUCGCAUGACAUCUUUGAUGACUGCCUUGAUCAAGACCAAGGAAGACGAGGAACGGGAGUUUCGCUUGCUGCGGAGCUAUUUGGUCUACAAUGAGAUUCCACACAGCCUGGGGCAGAAGGUGACUCGAGACUCGGCUCGGACAGGCCGGACGGCCGGACAGCGGUGGGACAAGCGGAUGUGCCUGAAACCUCGACCAGUGGAGGAUCGGAUGGUAAGGAUGUGCCGACCCCCAAAGUGGCUACAUGUGCACAUGUGGCGUCUGCCAAAAGGCGAAAGCCAAACGAAACCACAUAAAAACACUCCAGCAUGGCGGUCAAUGAUUGCAAGAAGGAGUGUGGUCUCGUCGUGUCCGGAACCAGAUCAAUCCUCCAAAGGUAAAAGGAAUCCCAGCAGGCCUAGGUUGUGGUUGUCGCUCCUGCUGUUGCUGGUCCAUGGUUGGGUGGGUGGGUGA